GUUGUAAUCUAAUAGAGCGAGUAAUGAGAGUUCAUUGUAUAGUAUAGUAUAGUAUAGUAUAGUAUAUCCUGAUUGUCGUUAAUGUGUUGUUUGCUUUGCAAAGUGUGACUCAAAACAGUGAAACAGUUGUGUCAAAACCCAUCAUAAAGACAAUAGUGCGGUGAAGACAAUGGCCAGAGGACACCAAAAGAUCCAAUCGCAACAAAAGAAUGCCAAACGAGCCGCGGACGCAAAGAAGGCCGAGAGUCACGACCAGAAAAAGGCGGCUCAGGCGGCGCUUACCUUCCAGUGCUCGGUCUGCAAGAGUCAGAUGCCUGACCCCAAAACCUAUAAACAACACUUCGUCAACAAACACCCGAAGUCUGAAUUACCGGAAUCGCUUAAAGAUGUCGUCGCCAAUUGAAAUACAACAUUAAAAUUUCAAGAUAUUUUCAAUUAUUUUAUUCAAACAAUAAUUAAAGUGUUAUUUUUUAAGACUAAUUUGUAUACAAAAAAACAUGAAGUUAUUCGUCGACAACAAACAAAAAAAGAAAUUAAAACAAACAAAAAAUAAGUUCUAAUAGAUUAACAAUAAUUACUGUAUAAUAAUAAUAAUAAAUGUUUUUCACAAUUGAAAAUAUAAGUGUAUAAAAAAUACAAUAAAUGAUUAAAAAACAAAUUAAUUUAAUGUC